GACAGUUCUCUCUUGCCGUGCCAACACGACUGAGGGGAGCAGAUAGCACCGUUUAAAUUUUAAUCACAAUCAUGAAGGUCUUAAUAAUUGCGACUUGUGUUGCUUUAACUCUCGCUGUUCCGUCUCCUCUGAGAGAAAAGCGACAAGUGCCGAACUGUGUCAAUACAUUCCAGAAUGUGCCUAACCCUUGUACGUCCAACUCUAACCGAGUUUACUUCCCCCACCCCGGGGACAAUACAAAAUUCCUGCAGUGUGACCGGUUCGGUAGAAUGUACAUCGUCCAAUGUCCAGCUGGGGAGCUCUACAACCAGGCGACAACCUCGUGUAUCACGGUGGCAUGAUCACUGGAGCAACUAACCCCUGUCUUGGACAAGUAGUAACAAACACCGGCCUCUUCUUCUCUCACCCUGAUCCCAAUAAAUUUAUCCAAUGUGAUAUCGCCGGUGAUGCCUAUGUUCUCUCUUGUCCUUCUGGCCUUGUUUGGAAUGAAUACAGCAAAACUUGUGUCUCUCCAUACCUGGUGGCUGGCUCAAGUGGGUAGUCUCCCCUUAACUAGUGAAUGACUUCAUGGGUCUCGCACUGCUCAUUUUUACAUGUAUUUAUGCGUCACCAAUAAAAAUAUU